AUGGCGUCUCUUGCUCGUGUCUUCGCGCGUCAACUUCAUGCUUCGGCACGGCGCAGCGCGCUGUCCCAGUUCAAAAUGCCUGCUAUGAGCCCUACCAUGACAGAGGGCGGUAUAGCAUCUUGGAAGAAGAAGGAAGGCGAGACCUUUGCCACGGGUGACGUUCUUCUGGAAAUCGAAACGGACAAGGCCACGAUAGACGUGGAGGCGACAGAAGACGGUGUUCUUGCCAAAAUUAUUGCCGCAGAUGGUGCUAAAAAUGUGCAAGUUGGGUCCCCAAUUGCAAUUGUUGGGGAGGAGGGUGAUGACUUGUCUGGUGCCGCCGACCUGGCCGCAAAAGCUUCGUCUGAAGCACCCAAGGAACCUGAGUCCAAACCAGAACCCCCAAAACAAUCCAAACCCGAAUCAUCACCUCCACCACCACCCAAAUCCGAGAGCUCGUCGUCGUCACCAAAAGCCGACCUCCCGUCUGGUGCUCGUAUAUUCGCGUCCCCAAUUGCCAAAAAAAUUGCUCUGGAGCGUGGUAUUCCCCUCGGAAAAUUGACUGGUUCUGGCCCAAAUGGACGAAUUAUCCGGGAAGAUGUCGAGAAAUACAAGCCUUCCACAGCGAGUACUGCGGCCUCAACCUCGUCAGCCGCUCCGGACUCUGACUAUGUUGAUACACCCAUUUCAAACAUGCGUCGCACCAUUGGCGCUCGUUUGACCCAGUCAAAGCAAGAACUCCCUCACUACUAUGUUACUGUUGAUGUCAACAUGGACAAAGUCCUCAAACUGCGCGAAGUGUUCAAUGCUACGUUAACGGAGAAGGACAAGGCGGCCAAGCUCAGCGUCAACGACUUCAUUGUCAAAGCUGUUUCUUGCGCGCUCAAGGACGUGCCUGAAGCCAACUCCGUUUGGUUGGGAGAGGUUAUACGGACCUACAAGAAAGCUGAUAUAUCAGUUGCUGUCGCGACUCCUACCGGUUUAAUAACGCCCAUCCUCAAAGAUGUUGGCGCCAAAGGACUCGCGACAAUUUCUGCUGAAACCAAGGCUCUUGCAAAGAAGGCACGCGAUGGAAAGCUUUCUCCCUCCGAAUACCAGGGUGGAACAUUUACGAUCUCGAACUUGGGCAUGUAUGGCGUUUCCCACUUCACGGCCAUAAUCAACUCGCCACAAUCAUGCAUUCUGGCUGUGGGAGCGACAGAAGCCAAGCUUGUCCCGGCACCUGAGGAGGAGCGCGGUUUCAAGACCAUUCAAGUGAUGAAAGUGACUUUGAGCUCUGACCAUCGCACUGUUGAUGGCGCCGUUGCUGCUCGCUGGCUCGCCGCAUUCCGAGGAUACCUCGAAAACCCACUUACUUUCAUGCUAUAA